GUCGCGGGUUUGGGGAUACCCGCUUGCUGGCCGCACCGUCGCACAGGCAACACGCUACUCCGUUAUUUCGUACCUCUAUUGUUCUAGCCUCGACUUACUUGCCUCAACAACAACAACUUGGGUUUCCCAAAUCCACAUCACACCUCCAGCACCCAUCGUCGCCCUGCCCGCCAUGAAUUACGGCAAAAAGGACGAGGAUGCUGAGACGGGUCUGGUCAAGGUCGACCGGACCCAGGUCUUCCAGGAGGCCCGCCUCUUCAACAACUCCCCCAUUCAGCCGCGCAAAUGUCGUAUCCUCCUCACCAAGAUUGCUCUCCUCCUCUACACCGGCGAAAGAUUCCCGACAAACGAAGCCACGACGCUGUUUUUUGGUAUUUCGAAGCUCUUCCAGAACAAAGAUGCCAGCCUACGACAGAUGGUCCACCUUGUCAUCAAGGAGCUGGCCAACUCGGCCGAGGAUAUUAUUAUGGUUACCAGCACCAUUAUGAAGGAUACUGGCGGUAGUACCGAUGCCAUCUACCGCCCGAAUGCCAUCCGCGCCCUUUGCCGCAUCAUCGAUGCCACCACAGUACAGUCCAUCGAGCGUGUCAUGAAGACGGCCAUUGUCGACAGAAACCCCUCAGUAUCCUCUGCCGCCCUCGUAUCGUCAUAUCACCUUCUCCCCGUCGCCAAGGACGUCGUCAAACGGUGGCAGAAUGAGACCUCGGAAGCGGCAGCUAACACCAAGUCUACCGGCGGUUUCUCCCUCGGUUUCGGAUCUUCCAACAGAGAUCUGCCCAUCAACAGCUCGACUAUGACCCAAUACCAUGCCAUUGGCUUGCUUUAUCAGAUGCGCAUGCACGACAGGAUGGCGUUGGUGAAGAUGGUCCAGCAGUUCGGUGCUCCCGGUGCCGUCAAGAACCCCGCUGCUCUCAUGUUGCUCGUCCGUCUUGCCGCCCAGCUGGCCGACGAAGACCCACACCUUAGGAAGCCCAUGAUGCAGCUGCUGGAUGGCUGGCUCAGGCACAAGAGCGAAAUGGUCAACUUCGAGGCCGCAAAGGCGAUUUGCGAUAUGCGGGAUGUCACCGACGCUGAGGUCACCCAGGCAGUCCAUGUCCUCCAACUUUUCCUUACCUCGCCCCGCGCUGUCACCAAGUUCGCCGCUCUUCGCAUUCUCCACAACUUCGCUUCGUUCAAGCCGGCGGCCGUUGCUGUAUGCAACCCGGACAUUGAGCUCCUCAUCUCCAACAGCAACCGCUCCAUCGCUACUUUUGCCAUUACUACCCUACUCAAGACCGGAAACGAGGCCAGCGUGGAUCGUCUGAUGAAGCAAAUUUCUGGCUUCAUGUCUGAAAUCACCGAUGAGUUCAAGAUUACGAUUGUCGAAGCCAUCCGUACUCUAUGCCUCAAGUUUCCCAGCAAGCAGGCCGGCAUGCUCCAGUUCCUCAGUGGUAUUUUGCGCGAUGAGGGUGGCUAUGAGUUUAAGCGCGCCGUGGUGGAGAGCAUGUUCGAUCUUAUCAAGUUCGUCCCCGAAUCUAAGGAGGAGGCUCUCGCUCACCUGUGCGAGUUUAUUGAGGACUGCGAGUUCACCAAGUUGGCAGUCCGUGUCCUUCACCUCCUCGGUCUUGAGGGACCCAAGACAUCCCAGCCUACCAAGUACAUCCGAUACAUCUACAACCGGGUGGUUCUCGAGAACUCCAUUGUGCGCGCCGCAGCGGUCACUGCCCUUGCCAAAUUUGGUGUCGGCCAGAAAGAUCCUGAAGUCAAGCGCAGCGUAGAGGUUCUCCUCACCAGGUGUCUGGAUGAUGUUGAUGACGAGGUUCGCGAUCGUGCUGCUCUCAACCUCAAGCUUAUGAAGGAAGAGGAUGAGCUUGCGAACAGGUUUGUCAAGAAUGACAGCAUGUUCUCGUUGCCCUUUUUCGAGCAUCAGCUCGUCACGUAUGUUACUUCUGAUGACAGGUCGACAUUCGAGGCGCCUUUCGACAUCUCCAAGAUCCCUGUUGUUACCCGCGAACAAGCAGAUGCCGAGGAUAGGACCAAGAAGCUUACUGCUACGACACCUUCACUCAAGCCACCCAAGGUCGGACCAACCAAGGCGGCUCCCACCAGCGCCGAGGCAGCCGCAUCUGCCUCGGCAGCUGCGCAAAAAUAUGCGCAGGAGUUGAUGCAGAUUCCCGAGAUGGCAGAAUUUGGCGCCGUUCUCAAGUCGUCGCCGGUGGUAGAGUUGACCGAGGCGGAGACCGAAUACGUCGUUGGAGUUGUCAAGCAUAUUUUCAAGGAGCAUAUUGUGCUCCAGUACGAGGUCAAGAACACCCUUCCCGACACCGUAUUAGAGAACGUCUCUGUCGUAGCUACUCCCGCGGAAGAAGAGCUUGAAGAAUUAUUCAUUAUUCAGGCUGAGAAGCUCGAGACCGACGUUCCUGGAAAGGUAUAUGUGGCAUUCAGAAAGGUCAGCGGUGAGGGUUCGCUACCAGUUAGCACCUUCUCCAACGUCCUCAAGUUCACCAGCAAGGAGAUUGAUCCCAGCACCGGUGAGCCUGAAGAAACCGGCUACGAUGACGAGUACGAGGUUGCCGAGUUUGACCUGGCGGGAAGCGACUAUGUCAUUCCCGUAUUUGCCAGCAACUUUGCGCACAUCUGGGAGCAGGUUGGCGCUUCUGGGGAAGAGGCGGAGGAGACAUUGCUACUCAGCAGCAUGAAGAGCAUAUCAGACGCAACCGAACAACUAGCAAAGACUUUGUCGCUACAACCCCUUGAAGGAACAGAUGUACCCCUCAACCAGACCACACAUACGCUCAAGCUCCUCGGAAAGACCGUCAACGGCGGCAGAGUGGUUGCCAACGUCCGUAUGGCUUUCUCGGCCAAGUCGGGUGUUACUACCAAGAUCACUGUCAGGAGUGAGGAGGAAGGUGUGGCUGCUUUGAUCGUGGCGUCUGUUGCUUAAAGAGCUUAAUGAAACGGGCGAGGUAUCAACUAUGCCCUUGGCUUUGAUAACUUGAGGGAUGUUCGUUGUUUGGUGUUAGCUUGUUGUCCGUAUGGCGUUUUACCCCAAACUUAGUACUCUAUUAUUAGUCGCGUCAUACUAUCUGGUAGAGAAAGACAGAAUUACGUUCUUUCUUCUGGAUAGCAUGAGAGUUCUGUAGGUGCUGUGUUGGCUGCUCACACUAUGAACAAAACCGCGAGAUAUCUGAUUAUACUGUUCGUCCUGCCAGGGUCGAUCUCGGGGUCUUUAAUCUUUUCGAUCUUGUACUCCCUUCACACUGGUAGGGUGAUGAACUAGCGAUCUGCUGAAGAUGAUCUACCUGAGUUCAAUAACAUAAGCAGUUAGGCAAGGAACACUAAAAGAUCAGUUUGUCAACCAUAAACUGUGUACAUACU